ACAGAGUGUUUUCUGAAUGAGUGAAUACACCUGACAAUGCUACUGGCUUAUUUUCUUAUUGACUGUUAUUCCAAUCUGUUGCAGAUGUCUCACUUGUAAGUGUCUUAUGUCAUUGUGCAUUAUCAGUUUUGAAAAUCUUUCCAGUGUCUUUCAUGCACCGUACCUCUCCAUUAACAUCAUCCAGCCUGUGACUAAACAGGAAACAAGGAAUCGACGUAGCUCUUGUUUGGGAUACUCGUCAGACAACCUCUGAUACAGCCUAUGGGGGUAGAUGGAAAACAAUACUUAUCCCUUAUAUUUUAAUCUCACGAUGUUUGUGAACAUAGGCAACUACCGCUACCCAACAUUUGUCCUGUGCUUCUUUGUGUACGCCUUCAUCAUCUCAGCUAAUCUUGUCAUAAUACUGGUGAUAACGCGAGAGAAGUCUUUGCAUGAGCCCAUGUACAUUUUCAUCCUGUGCCUCUCCAUGAACUCUCUGUACGGCUCUGCUGGCUUUUUCUUCAGAUUCCUGAGAGACCUUCUGUCUGACACUCACUUAGUCUCGCGACCCGCUUGUUUCACUCAGAUCUAUGUCAUUUACACGUACGCGUCCUACGAGCUCACCAUUUUAGGCAUAAUGGCGUACGACCGCUACGUCGCCGUGUGCCACCCUUUACAUUACUGCAGCAAAUUAACUCCCAGGGUGAUCUCCAAGCUGGUGGCCUUAGCGACCAUUUAUCCAGCUUUCUCCGUCGCCACCUGUGUUUAUCUGGCCUCCAGGCUUCCUCUGUGCGGCAAUGAGAUACCAAAGGUAUUUUGUGCCAACUGGAAUGUGGUGAAAUUGUCAUGUGUGCCCACUGACCUAAACAACCUUAUUGGCAUGCUGGUGUCCACCACCACGGUCUUUCUGCCCUUGGUUUUCGUCCUCUACACGUACGCACGGAUUUUACUCAUUUGCAGGAAGCGCUCGUCAGAGUUCAGGAGCAAAGUCGUGCAGAGCUGCCUGCCGCACGUUGUCACUUUUGUCAACUAUUCCAUUACUGUGUUCUGUGACGUUGCCCUCAGCAGAAUCAACCUGGAAGAGCUCAAUCCGUUUCUAGCCAUCAUUCUGUCCCUGGAAUUUGUUGUUAUACCUCCCAUUCUGAAUCCUCUUGUUUAUGGAUUAAAGUUACCGGAUAUCAGAAAAUGUAUUUUAAGAAUGUUGUCGUGUUCAAAGCGUCUCUAACACUGUGAGCUGAACACUAGAUAGUUCAAUUAAUCAGGGCUCUCAGACUUAGACUGAGUUGUGUCAUCGUUUAACUCUUAUUACAUACUUACAUAAUAAGUGUGUCCUAGUAAAGGAGGUGUUUUAAUCUGUUGAAGGGUUUCUCCUUUCUGCUGAUCUGUUCUGAAAAGUCUGUGACUGUAUUCAGUAAAACAAAAAGUCUAACUAGAUUACCCUCACACCUUUGUGGGAGCUUCCUGCUUUGGAUUUGGAGUUUGAGUACUGUGAAAUAAAUGCAAGAAUAAAUAGCGACACGUAUCUCACAUGUAUCUACUCUAUCUGUGAACCGUGUGUUUAAGUGAUCACAUGGGUGUUGCUGACUUUUUGUCACAUCUUCUUUGAAAGAGUGUCGAUAAAUAACGGAGGUGACCUCAAAUGAGGGACACAAGACAUUUUAGAAUCAUGUACACGAUUUGAAUAAAUA